UAAUGACAAUUUUUUAGAAAAGGUAAUUGUUUUUUCUUAUGGAGUUUCUCUAAGCUUCUAAACGCACGCUUCAAGGUUACUAGUUGCAGUGCUUCACGUCACGGUUGCAGGGCUUGCAGCCAUCAAGAGAAUCAUUGCCCAUCACGCUUGAACAUCCGGCGUUCGAUCAAACUCUUACGCUUAUACAUAUAUCCGAGCCGUUGAUCGGCCGGUAACAUAGUUUCAGGAUGGAGACGCAACUCGCCGCCGCGCCGCCUCAUCUCUCCGAUGACAUCUGCGCGGAGAUCCUCGUCCGCCUCCCGGUCAAGUCCGUCCUCCGCUUCCGCGCCGUCUGCAAGGCGUGGCGCGACAUCACGACCCGCCCGCUCUUCCUCGCUGCCCACGCGCGCCGGCAGCCGGCUAAGGUUGUCUUGUACACGUACCUCUCGACUCGAUCGGCGCAACACGGCUAUGCUGUCGGCAUCGCGCUAGACGUGCUCCCUGUCUCCGGCGAGACGGCGGCGGGCCAGCGGCGGCGUCUCAUCCGGUACCCCAGGUCCGUGCUUUUGUCUUCCAUGGAUCCCCUCCUCCUCGACUCGUGCAACGGCGUCCUCCUAUUCAGGACGGAUGCGGCGGGCAUCUACUUCCUCUGCAACCCCGUCACGAGGCAGUGGGCCGAGCUCCCCAAGCUCAUCACUGAUGAUGAUGAAAGCUAUGGCCUGGGCCGCCGCCGCACCGCCAACGUUAGAGAGUAUGCUUUCUACUUCCACCAGCAGUCCGGCGAGUACAGGCUCUUGUGCGGCCGCGUCACGUCCGCCGGCCGGGCGUGGUGCAUCCUCUCCACCGGUGCCGCCGAGCCUCGGCAUGUAGACACACACGCCGCGGACGACGACGAUGACCUGGAGCCGGACGCACCGUCGGAGGCGACACCGGUGGCCCUUCACGACAGCAUGCACUGGCCGCCACGUCGUCCUCAGGACUCGUCGUCGUCGUCGACGACGACGGAGAUGGUGGCGUUCGACGUGCACUCUGAGAAGUUCCACCUGAUGGCGGGGCCUUCGACAGCCACCCGGGCGCUGAUGAAGCUGUUCGUCAUGCACGGGCUGCUCGUGGCGGCCAACUUCGGGGCGAAGAAGCACGUCGACCUCUGGUUCCUCGUCGACUACGGCGCCGCCGGAAGGUGGGAACGCCGCCACCAAGUUCCAAUGCCGUGGCAAUCAAUACCGCAUUACUCACUGAGUCUGUGGUCUACGGCCGCGGCGUGCGACGACCAAGGGAACAUCAUGCUGGGUAGCCACUGCGGUUUGUUGGUGUACAACGCGAGGAAGAAGACGGCUAGGGCUGUCCGCUCGGUGGCCACGCCGAGGAACAACGUUCUCGUGUCACGGCAUGUGUUCAGGGAGAGCCUGGUGGAGCACCCUAACUUCAAGAGGUCCUCCGCCGCCGACUUGCCGUUCAUCCACUUUUGGUGCUAAGUUGAAAAGCCAUGAUACUUGUUUGCUGAUUUGUUGUAAGAGAAAAACACUACUAAAUGGCUCGUAAUUUGGCUGAUAAGUUUAAGCGAACAGAGGGUUAGUACACCUUUCUUAUUGUGUUGCUAUUUCAGGUGUUGUUGGUCCAUCAAUGUUUAAGCGUUCAC